CAAUAAUUGCAAACUGGGUAGAAACAUGUCGGUGCCAAAAUCAACCACUUCCAAAGUUGCAGCGAAUCUUUGUGAUGACGAUCUCUCAUCGGAAUCGGUUGAAGUGCUGCGAGAGCGGCUGAAUACAAUGAAACGAUUAAUCGCCGAACGACAAAGCGGAAACAACAGCGGAAGUACAAGUGCCGGUUCGGAAUUGUGGAACCCUCAUACUCGCAGCUCAAAUUGCAGCGGGAUUAUUGACGGAAAUUUUUUAAGCGUAGCCUUUGGUGGGGCUCUGAUUGUAAUUCUGUCUGUAUCUGUAUACGCAUUUUAUAACUUGUAUCACGCGGUACUGAAGAAAUUUCCCUCGCAACAUACAGAGCUGUAGAAUGAAUGUGUAAUAAAUGGCGAGCCGUGGACAUGUUCCACUAAAUGAUGAUCGGCAUCAAGGAACCAUUAAGAUGAGUUGCGCUGUAUAUUGAACUAAAAUCUGCAUCUGUUGUGCGGUCCUAAAUGUAACAAAUUAUAUGUUCGCCAUUAGCGACUAUUGGACUGUAAGCCAGUAUGUUGAUGUUUUCGUGCACCUAAUUUGUGAAGAAUUUGCCGCAGCACUUUCGUUGACGACCGUUUGUUUGAAAAGAUGUUCUUUGAUGAAACCGCUAAUUGCGUUGAACGAAUUCAUUUGAACUAAGAUCACAACAACUUCCGAAAGGAUAUGUAGAUCUAGACUUUUGAAAUUCUUGUAAAAAGUCAAAAACUGGCCAACGAAUUCGAAUACGCAUCGGGUAAUGUCAAGGAUCCUCUUAAUGGAUAAUGUCUAGAAUCAUAAUCAUAAACGUAUCCGUAAUAAAGUGGUUAUUAUCGUAAACUGAAUAAUGAUGUUAACUUCCUUUAUGUGAUGCAGCGAUUGUAAAUUGUAUUGUAAAUUAAAAUCAGGUUGAAGUGCAUUUUGUA